GUUAAUCAUGCUGGUUAAGUACGCAUAUGCAUAUGUUAGAACUUAGAAGAAUCAUAUACCGGCCUCUUCUCUUCAACACUGUUUCUCCUUAAGCACACUCUAAAACCCUAAUUAUUAUUUUUCACCAAUCAUUUCCAAUUGUACAUUUAACACCCUUCACAGAAUCAACAUGCAGCAGCACCAGCCCGCGAUGGCGUCGGAGAGAAUGAUCAGGAAGAACCCUAAUAAGAAAAGACGAGAGAAAGACGAUGGCGAUGGUGAUACUGAUUCCAGGGAACAGAGGGGUGUUUCUGAGCGAACAAGUUUUCGAGGGGUCAGAAUGCGACAAUGGGGAAAAUGGGUGUCGGAAAUCAGAGAGCCCAGAAAGAAGUCGAGGAUAUGGCUGGGGACGUUCUCCACGCCGGAGAUGGCGGCGCGUGCACACGACGUGGCUGCCUUGGCCAUCAAAGGCGGGGGGGCUCACCUCAACUUCCCCGAGCUUGCCUGCCAUCUCCCCCGCCCCUCCAGCUCCGACCCCAAAGACAUCCGGGCCGCGGCGGCUGCGGCGGCGGCUGAGCUUCUGAGGUCGCCCGAGAGCACGGUGACGUCAUCUCCGUCGCUGACCUCCGUCGCCGACGACGCCUUCUCCGACCUCCCCGAUCUAUUCCUCGACGACCUCACUCACAAAAUCAACGGUUUCUGGGAUUCGUUGCCCUACGGAGAAGAAGAACCCUUCUUCCUCGCGAACCAGUAAACAGAGAAGGAUGGAUCUAAAAAUGGUUCAGUUCGGUUCGUAUACGUUCCUCAUUUCUUUCGCCGGGAAAUUUCAGGUAUAGAUGCGACAUUGCCGGCGAAGGAAUUCCGACGAGUUCCCGGCGAGAGGGAAACGUUGUCGUUUUGUGCGUCUGCUGGAAAAAAUCUGUGUACGUAUAUGUGGGACAAGUUCCAAUGUGUGAUGAGUAAGUAAAAUCUUUUUUUUUUGUACAAAUACGACCUCUAUGACAAAGUUUCCGGUUGGAAUGUCAAAUUUGGGGAGAAAAUGUACAUUCUGAAUGAUUUGGAUAUUAACCUCGAGAUUAGUCUGGA